UUUCAUACCUCAUCAAAUUCUCCAUAAUUAUUAAUUUCCACUACACUAUUCAAUCAUCUUCUAUUCUUCUCAAUUCAUAGUUUCACCAUGGAAGUUGGUUUGAGACUCCUUCCUAAAAUUAUUAGCUCAAAGAGUAACUCAAAUAUUCUUGUCAAAUCUGCAGUUAAAAAGUCAAACAAAACAAUUCCUAUGGAUUUUUGUUACCUUAAAACUUGCAAUCUUUGUAAUAAACAACUCAGCCCAAACAAAGAUAUCUACAUGUACAGGGGAGAUCAAGGUUUUUGCAGCAUAGAGUGUCGAAACAGGCAAAUAGUUUUGGAUGAAAUGAAAGAAUUAGAGAUCUCUACAAAACAAAUGGUACAAAGUUAUAGGCAAUGUUGUAAUGAGGCACGUAGAGAGACAUCCCUUAUAUUAGAGGACAUUCGAAUGCAAAGACUUAAAUCUAAAGUAUAAACCAAUUUCAUGGGACUAAAAUUAAUUAGUUAUAUAGUCAUAUUUGUAUUUUUUGGCAUUAUUUUUCGACAUAAUGAUAUGGCAUGUUUAUUA